GAGCCGUGUUCUUUCUUUUGCUUUUCCAGCGGAGAUAAAAAUGCCGAGCGGCAACGUAGACAAGCCCACCAUCGAGGACAACCGCGAUGGCACCGUGUGCGUGCGCUACGAGCCUCGCGAGGAGGGCCUCCACGAGCUGGCCGUCAAGUACAACGGUGAACACGUUCAGGGCUCUCCCUUCAAGUUCCACGUGGACUCACUCAGCAGCGGCUACGUGACCGCCUACGGCCCCGGUCUCGUCCAUGGCGUGUGCGGCGAGCCCGCCAACUUCACCAUCUCGACAAAGGGCGCCGGUGCCGGCGGCCUGUCUAUGGCCGUGGAGGGCCCCAGCAAGGCGGAGAUCAGCUGUCACGACAACAAGGACGGCACCGUGUCCGUGUCGUACCUGCCCACCGCCCCCGGCGAGUACAAGAUCACCGUCAAGUUCGGCGAGAAGCACAUCAAGGGGAGCCCCUACAACGCCAAGAUUACCGGCGAGGGCCGCAAGAGGAACCAGAUCUCGGUGGGCUCCUGCAGCGAAGUGUCCCUCCCCGGAAAGGUGACCGACCAGGACGUCCGCUCUCUCAACGCCUCUAUCCAGGCGCCGAGCGGCUUGGAGGAGCCCUGCUUCCUCAAGAAGCUGCCCAACAACAACCUGGGUAUUUCCUUCACGCCCCGUGAGGUAGGCGAGCACGUGGUGUCCGUCAAGAAGAUGGGCAAGCACAUCACCAACUCGCCCUUCAAGAUAACGGUGGCCGACAAGGAGGUGGGUGACGCCAAGAAGGUCAAGGUGACUGGCAACACGCUCAAGGAGGGCAAGACCCACCAGGACAACACCUUCACCGUCGACACGCGUAAUGCAGGCUACGGCGGUCUGUCCCUCUCCAUCGAGGGCCCCAGCAAGGCUGAGAUCCAGUGCCAGGACAAGGAGGACGGCACCCUCAACAUCUCGUACAAGCCCACCGAGCCCGGCUACUACAUAGUGAACCUCAAGUUCGCCGACCACCACGUGGAGGGCUCGCCCUUCACCGUCAAGGUGACCGGCGAGGGCAGCAACCGGCAGCGGGAGAAGAUCCAGCGCCAGCGCGAGGCGGUGCCCAUCACGGAGGUCGGCUCCGAGUGCAAGCUGACGUUCAAGAUGCCGGGCGUCACCUCCCUGGACCUGUCCUCGACCGUCACCUCACCCGGCGGCGUGACGGAGGACGCCGAGAUCAACGAGGUGGAGGACGGCCUGUACGGCGUGCACUUCGUGCCCAAGGAGCUGGGCGUGCACACCGUCUCCGUGCGCUACAAGGACAUGCACAUCCCCGGCUCGCCCUUCCAGUUCACGGUCGGCCCCCUCAGGGACGGCGGUGCGCACCGCGUGCACGCGGGCGGUCCCGGCCUCGAGCGCGGCGAGGCCGGCCAGCCCAGCGAGUUCAACGUCUGGACCCGGGAGGCGGGCGCUGGCUCGCUCGCCAUCUCCGUGGAGGGUCCCAGCAAAGCUGAGAUUGACUUCAAGGACCGCAAGGACGGCUCGUGCUACGUCAGCUAUAGAGUGGCCGAUCCUGGCGAAUACCGAGUGGGCAUCAAGUUCAACGACCAGCACAUCCCGGACUCUCCCUACAAGGUUUAUAUUUCCCCUGCCAUGGGCGACGCGCACAAGCUGGAGGUUGCCCAGUUCCCCACCGACGUGGCGGUUGACAAGCCCGCCCAGUUCCUAGUGCACAAGAACGGUGCCAAGGGCGAGCUCGAUGCAAAGAUUGUAUCUCCUGGCGGCUCCGAGGACGAUUGCUUCAUCCAGCUGAUCGACUCUGAGACGUACUCGGUGCGCUUCAUGCCCCGAGAGAAUGGCGUCAACUCGAUUCACACCAAGUUUAACGGGGUGCACAUUCCGGGCUCACCCUUCCGCAUCAAGGUGGGCAAGGAGGACGCCGACCCUGCCGCGGUGCACGCUCACGGCAACGGCCUAGGCGAGGUCAAGACAGGCCACAAGACGGAUUUCAUAGUCGAUACCUGCUCGGCCGGGGCCGGUACUUUGGCGGUGACCAUUGAUGGCCCCUCAAAGGUGUCCAUGGACUGCACAGAAGUGGAGGAGGGCUACAAAGUUCGGUACACCCCCUUGGUGCCUGGAGAUUAUUAUAUGAGCGUCAAAUACAACAGCUAUCAUAUUGUGGGAUCUCCCUUCAAAGUCACCUGCACAGGUGAUGAUCUGGCGGAGAGGGGAGCUCAGGAAUCAUCAUCGGUAGUUGUGGAAACUGUACACAAAGUUUCAAAGAAUAGGACACAAGGCCCAGUUCUGCCACACUUCAAGUCAGAUGCUUCUAAAGUUACUUGCAAAGGAAUGGGUCUAAAGAAGGCAUAUCUUCAGAAACAGAAUCAAUUCACAGUUCAUGCUGGAGAUGCGGGCAACAACAUCCUCUAUGUAGGCAUGUAUGGUCCCAAAGGUCCAUGUGAUGAAUGUUUCAUUAAACACAUGGGUCGCAACAAUUACCAAGUUAACUAUGUUGUCCGUGAAAGGGGAGAUUACAUUGUGCUGGUCAAAUGGGGUGAUGAGCACAUUCCUGGCUCACCAUUUAAAGUGGAUGUUUAAGUCAUGUGUCUGUACUAAAUUACUUUCUUAUCCUUUUCUCAUUGCUCUUUAAUUUUAUUCUACUCAUUGCAGUUUCCUUUUUCUCAUGGGAACAGCAAACUCAUAAAUCAAAACGAUUUCAAACAAUCCCCUAAUGAAUUAUAUUUUUAUUGAAUGAAUUUUUCACUUGAGUGUAUGUGUGUGAAAGAUAAAUUAAGUGCCAUGGUUGGAUGUUUACUUUUUCUUGUGGUGUGAGACAGUCUGUGCCAAAUGAGUGUUUAGUAAAAAAACAGAUUACAGAUGCUUUCUGUAUGCCUUUAUUUUCAUUUCAUGGUAGUUUGUGAGAAUUUUUUUUAUCUAUCAUAUGGUCCCUACAAUUGGCAUUUAAGACUGUCUCCUGUAUUAUUUUAUAUUGGCUGCAUUUGUUUUUCUUUUCUUUUUGCAUUUGGUUAUUUAAAUCAAUGAAUCUUCUCAUGGCUUGGUAAAGACAAGCCAUCGGCUGUCUUCUAAUCCACUUCCUUUUCACAGGGUUUCAGUGCUGUAAACCUAGGAGUCCCUAUAUUGAUUGUGCCAAGUUGUGUAUAUUAUGUUGUUUUAUUGUUUUAUGGGAGAAAUAUAGGAGAUUUUUCCUCCAAUAUUGUUAUCGACAUCAAAUAAUCUGGUCAGGUGUUCAUCAGCUUUAUAGCAAGUGUACAUGAUUGUUAUCUUCUUUAUUACUAUACAACCUGUCUGUUAUAAUUUAUUUAUGUUGAAGUCUCAAUCUUUAUACUGAGUCAUGGGUUAAAAUAAAAGAUUUGACCCCUUUGCUUACAUUUGCUUGAAAUCUAUAUUUUUUGUGUUGUGGCUGAUGCUUGCAUAUUGUAGAAUAUUUUUGAAUAAAAUUGUAUAUAAUGACUGACUGAGAAA